AUGCCACAAAACGAAUGGCUUCCGAUUGAAUCGGAUCCAUCUAUUUUGACAAAAUUGAUUCGUAAACUUGGUGUAAGAAAUGCGAAAAUAAAAGAACUCUACAAUUUCGACCUUCAACAAUCAGUUUAUGGCCUUAUAUUUUUGUAUAAGUGGCGACCUACAGGACUAUCACUACGAAAAAAUUUCGUUUAUAAUAGAAAAAUUAUUUUCGGACAACAAGUCAUACAGAACGCUUGUGUUUCACAAGCGUUGGUAAAUUUGUUGCUGAACAUACCUUCAAAUUCAGGUGUUUCGCUCGGACCAGUUUUAGAAGAUUUCAAACAAAAAACAAGUUGUUUUGAUCCUAUGUCUCGUGGUUUGGCUUUUGGUAACAUGGAUUCAAUACUUGAAAUUCAUAAUAGUUUUGCUGUACCAGAUGUACCUGAACCAGAUAUCAGGGCUCCUGAAAAGGAUUUUAAAAAUCAUUUUAUCGUAUAUAUGCCUAUUGGUGGACGUAUCAUAGAACUGGACGGAAUGAAUUCAGAAGCUGCGGACUUGGGAAACUGUAUGAAUUCAGGCAUUGAUUGGCUUCAGAACAUCUUUCCACUUUUGGAUGAGUGCAUAACAAAGUUCAACGAUUUAGAGAUUCGUUUCGAAUUAUAUGCGGUGAUUAGCGGAGAAACUAUUGAUUAUCACGAACAACUUGUUCAAUUGACCAAGUGUGGAAAAGUGGAAAGAAAUUCUCAAGAAAUCCUUAAAUUACGCAAACUUAUUGAAUUAGAAGAAGCAGAACUAAAACAGUUGAAAAGGCAGAGUGUUUUGCGCAGAUAUAAUUAUACACCCUUCAUCGUCGAAUUUCUCAAAUUGCUUGCAAAAGAAAAUAAAUUUGGGAUACUUAUUGCCGAGAAUUCAGAAGCAAAAGCGAAAAUGCAGCAUGAAACAACGGAGGAUAACUGUGGAAAAAUUAUAAAAUCAGAAUUGAAUAAAAAAGUCGAUUUAGAGACGAUGUGUGUGAAUUCACCUAAAGAAACGAAUUCAGCGAAAUUGAACGUCGAAGAAAAUGCUGAGCCACAGCAUAAAAGAAUUAAAUUUAAAAUGGAAGAUUCGAAAGAAAAAGGAGCUGAUGAAUUGUUAGAUGAAACAAUAAAGCAAGAAACAAAUGAAAGCAUAAAUCAAGAGCAUUUUGACGAAGAAAUUUCGACAGAGCAAAAAUGUGAUAGCUCAGAGGUAGAGCAGAAAGGCAAUGCCAAAAUCUCCUGUUCAACUGGAUCCAAAUGGUGA